AAAUUACUUCCGUAUUCUACUUUUCCAGGAUAAUGACAACGAUGUUGUGGACCGUGUUCUGUUUUAUUUUUCCCGGUGCAUUGUCAUACGCCUGCAUGGAUGAGGACGGCCAAGCUGUUGACUGGUGGGUUGCUUACAAGCUACCAAAAUUGAAAACAUUGGCAGAUGACAACGUUCAGGAUGGUCAUGCUUAUGCAUAUUUCACCGCGAAGGAUGUGUCUUACAACUGGGGACUGGACAAACCAGGAUAUGUUGCACGACCUCCGAAGAAUGGCUGCAUGUUGUCUUCCAAAUCAAUAGGAGAUUUUGAGAGUUUAAUUGGUCGAACAUUGGAGCCGCUGUAUUCGAAUGCUUCAAAAUCUCAGUUUGCUCUCCUGUACAACGACGAAUUCCCAAAUGGUACAGUGAGCUUCACAAAGGGUCACACAAAAGGAGCUGUUGUGAUGGAUGAUCAUGGUUCUGGAUUUUGGCUGAUACAUAGUGUUCCGCACUUCCCUCCAAAGCCAGAAGAUGGGUUCGGGUAUCCAGCUUCUGGCAGAACCUAUGGUCAAACUUUGUUUUGUGUAUCUUUUGCCGGUGGGGAAUCCCCGGAAACAAUUGGAAAGCAAUUGACUGUCAAUGAGCCGUUCAUCUAUUUCAAGGAUAUCCCAGCGUGGGUGCAAUUGCGGUUUCCUUCCAUGUUUGAGGCUGCGGGAGGAAAGAAAACCAUGAGUGCAGGACCAGCCAGUCAAAUUUUGGAGCUUUUCACAAGUUCUGGGAUGUCAAUGACUAGCUUUGCCAAAUCAAAUUUAUUUAAUCAGGAUUUGUAUUCGGAGCUGGUUGCGCCAGCUUUGAGAUCUGAGUUGAUUGCUGAGACUUGGCGUCAUGGUGUUCUGAGACAAAUUUGUCGACAGAAAACCCAGUUUUUGCGAGCUGGUGGAACCCUGUGUUUCAGGGAAAGAAUCGUCUGGCUGUGGUUUGAUGCCAUUUUAUCUGGUAUUGAGGAUUGCCCGGUCGUCCGCAAAAACGUUAUAGUGGCUGAGAGUGCCUCCGAAGCACUGGGAAAUUUGCAUUUUGAAAACGAUAGUCAGGAUAAAACUGUGAUCUGCUCUGAUGGACUUCACGAGAAGCAGCUAGAGUGCAAAGUUUUGAAUUCACUGAACGUGGUUCCGAUCUCCGAAGAAGUGUAUGGGCAUUGUUUAGCAAAGGAAAGUUUAUUUGGAUAA